UUAUAAAUACAGGACGAAGGAAGUACGGCGGCAGUUACGGCGGUACUAACGGCGGAUAAAGUCGGCUCUUAUUACCGCGAUAUUCGUCGUCGUACAAUAAUUUUCGAUUGCAAAAUUUUCCGAUCCACGAAACCACUCGAGGCGCGUAAAUUAUACAAAGAUGCAGACGAAACGUCACUGUGUACUUGCGACAGGGAAACGGACGAUGCGAGCGACUGCAAUAACAAAAGUGAUUCGAGUUUGGCCAUGCGGCUCCUUGCCGCUGUUGCCCGCAGGACAAUUCCACAAGGCCGUAUCUGGCUUUAACGAUUGUUUCGUAUAUCGCCAACUCGAGGCACAAACGAAAGCGACAGAAGCGAUAAAAGCAGCCAGCCACCUACACCUAGCAGCUAAAAUAGGACCAGAGGACGUAAGAAACGGGGGAUGGAGAGACUUUUUAAAACUAAAAGGAUGUGCUCGCUUACGGAAACGACGACGAGUAUAGGAAUUCGGGA